CCUGGCAGCAGCAUGAGGAGGCGGUACAGGGGCCCAUGGCAGAGUGGCGGAGCGUAAGCAGCUAAAAUUGAAGGCCAUACAGAGGCCUAUGUUAAAAAGUCCCCCCAGCAGCAGCGUGGGGAGACGACUAUCAAGAGUCCAAUGGCAGAGUGGCGGAGCAGAAGCAGCUUCAUUGAAGGCCAUACACAGGCCUAGGUUAAAAAGCGGAAGCCGUCAGCAGCGUGAGCAGACGACAGAGACACAUGGCGCAGGAUGCAAGCAGAAAUUUUUAUGAGGUAAUGCCGUGGGUGCGAAGAAGA